AUGGGUCGGACUUCAACCCUGGAGAAGAUUUUGGAGCACAAGGCAGAGGACAAGAUGUUUGCCCGCAUGCUGAGCUGUCAUGCCAUGACAGGCGCGCCUCUUCACAACUUCUUGACACAGCUGAACUCACAGCCUGGCGGAGGUGACCUUGUGAGCUUUGGCAGUGCGGCGGGUGCGGAGUACAGGCACAACCCUCAGCGCUACAAGGCCCCCUUCCGCCGAGUGGUGAAGCAGCCAAAUGCGUGGCUCCCGACCUUUCACGUCAUCAACUCCAACAAGUUUGCGAGAAAUGCCUCCUUGCCAUAUUCUCCACUGCUGGAGCGUCCCUGUACACCCCAGCGAAAGAUUGACGUGGCUGCGGGCACGAUUGACGGCCAUGAUCCGGAUCCUCCUAUUCAAUGCAGCGCUCAAUUUGCUGCGACUGGCAAUCCUUCUUGCCAUUUGUCCACCUAUGUUGGUGGAUGGAGGUGCUGUGAGCAUGGAGUCUUCCUGAUUGACACUGACAAGGAGUGCAGCGACCCAAAGUGUUCGAAGGACGCUGAUUCGGAGACCCGUGAGAUGCACUCCGCUGCGUGCUGUGACGUCACUGGCGCCACCCAGGGCUUCGAAAACAUCGAGUACGACAUUCCACAAUGCGCUGCUGGCACCCCGCCGGAAGAGUGUGUCCAUGUGGCCGAGAGUGUCCAACCGGUUGGCUUCUUUCACAGACAUCCCAAAGCACCUAGUGAUCCUCACAGGGCAGAAGACCUCGUAGACAUGGUCAUCUUCGCUCCGCAUUUGCACGUUACUGGACUUUCACUGGAGCUAUUUGAUCAUGUCACCAACAAGACGCUUUGCGCAGUCUAUGCCUCUGAUGACAACAAGAAGGGCAUCAUCUAUGGCAAUGGCACUGAGCCUGGAAAUGAGCACGGCUACUUGACCGGGCUGAUGCCAUCUUCAUGGGACGGCAAAGCUGCCCCUCGCUUCAAGAGGUGGGUCACCGGGGCUUUGGGCCUGGAGAAUGAGUUCAUCGCUCAGGUCAUGACAUAUGUUGGUGGCGACAAGAAGAAUGUUCAAGCCUAUGAGGUGGUGGAAGCAGAGGACGCGGCCUCAGUGAACCGUGGUGCCAACCGCCGAACCGCGGAAGCUGACGGUGCUAUUGCGUUCCAGCUGUCGCCUGGACUGCGCAACCGCUUGGAUGAGGGCGCGCUGAAAAUCCUGGCCAGAGCAGAUCCGGAGCGCGCUGUGCAGGUCCUUAACGACUUGGCAGCCAAAACGGAUGUCCGAAAUCCCUCGGCCUUUGUUGCGGCCACCUUGGCCAAGAAUGCGCCGCGACAUAGUCAAGCAGUGCCACCCGCCAGCCUUUCACAAGCCAGGACCAUCCAAGAGGUGAUCCAAAGGUUUCCUGAGUUGGACAAGGUCCUGGACGAAAGUGCUCGCCGGCGCUUAGCGGAGGUAGAUUUUGGGCGGGCGACCGAGCUGAUAGAGGAGCUAGCAGGUCGAUCCGACGUACGCAAUCCAUCGGCCUUCGUUGUGCAUGCUUUGGGAAGGAGCCAAGCAACGCAGCCGAAUGCGAAUGCUUUGCCAGCAGUUCAAGCAGUGCAAGCCCGCUUGGCUGGGCCGGAGACCGUGCUGGACGCUUUUCCGGCGAUUGCACAGCAGCUAGAUGCAAGAGCGCAGCAAAGGAUUUUAGAAGUCGACCCGGAGCGAGCAAGAGGCAUUCUGGGUGAUAUCAUCUACCGCGGUGAUGUGCACAAUCCUUCAGCAUUCGUCAUGAAGGCCUUGUCCAUCACCCGGGAUCGACCCCCCGCCGCUCCGGUUGCGCCGCUGGUGACGUUGCCGGACUGGGCACAGCUGGCGGCACAGCCGGGGGUGCAGCUGGCAGCGCAGCUUCAGCUACAAGGGCUCCAAAACCUCCAGCUGCUGGGGUUCCAAGGGCUGGACGUGCCCCGAGAUGAGGUGGGGCAAUUGCUGGCCAGAUUCCCGCAUUUGCAGCAGCGCCUUGACAACCAGGCCCUAAGGAAGAUGGCAGAGUCUGAUCCAGUCCGGGUGCAGGAGAUUGUAGAGGAACUGGACAUCAGGACAGAUGUCCGAAAUCCUUCAGCCUUUGUGGUGAAAGCGCUUGUGGACUUUCCAACUUCGCGGAAGUCUUCUCCAGCUCCAGUUCUUUCAGUGGAUCCUGUGCAUCGACUGCUGGCGAUGUACCCGCAGCUGCAACUGGACCAAGCCGCCCUAAACUCGCUGGAGGCCUUGGGAUGCUCCGGCGACGGCUGCACCUGUGGCCCCGUCACGGCGGCCAAUUGGCAUGGCGCGCGGCGCCAACUGUCUUCUGACGGCAAGGACGAGGUUCCUUUAGCCUUUGUAGUUCUGACAAACUACCAUACAUUUCACAAGGCCAUGGCAGGCGUUCUGUUUGGCCUGAUCCUCACGCUGCCCGCCUUUGUGCUGGGCGAGGGGAACAUGCGCGGGUCAAACACAAAGUUCAUGGAUUUGGAGUACUUCAGUCACCGAGAAGUGGACGCAGCUCUCACUGCGGAGAUGGCCGACGUCGAGAAGAUCCGAGCACUGGAAAAGGCGCUGGAGCCAACCUUCCAAGCGCUGCCCAAGCAGAAUGGCUUGCUGAGCCACCACGUGGUGCGCUAUGUGCUUCACCGCUACUUCCUCCAUUACAGAGGCUGGCUGGUGAAGGGCCUGGAGCCGGAAGGUGCUUACAAGACACAGCCAGACCGGAUUCGACAAGAUUGGGAAAGCUGGGUGCCUGCCUACCUUGAGAAGCGUUUGGAGGCAGAGGGUGCAGGAAUGGGGUUGCGCGAUCUGGCUGAGAUGGUCGCGGCCAUCGAAGCACUGGUUCGCACGGAGUCCCACAAGCAGCUGGCCAAGGUCUACGAGUCCUUGAACUUUCCUUUGACCGAGCCGCUGACGAGAGCAGAUGCAGAAGUCGCCAUGGACAUGUACCUCGUGGUGGUGCUGACGGCGCGGAACAUCACCAUGGCGGACGCCCCGAAGAACCGGAAGCGGAUCAUGGCCUUCCAGAAGCGCUACAACGGCUAUGGGGAGAUGAAGUCGUGGCUGGAGGACCUGGAGAAGAGGCACUUCCAUUCAGAUGCUCAGGGCCUCUACAACUUUUCAUCCGUCGGCGAUGCUGCCGAAGCCUUCGGCUACGAGUUCCCCAGCUUCAAUGACAAGGAAUGCAAGGAUUUGAAGACCACGCUGAUCAGCAUGGAGGGUGGCAGUCGGAAAGCAGGCCGCAUUCCCCUUUCUGACUUCUACAACGGCACCAAGUAUAUGCACUGGAAGUUCACUGAAUCCCCAGACUAUCUUCGCGAUCUUGGGGCGCUGGAUGAGGCCGACCCGACUCGAAAGUAUGUCAUCCUGUCAAACUACAUCAGCAGCUUCAACAAUUGCAUCCGUGCAGAUAGCCUCUAUGCCAUUUGCUGCCGAAGUCAAUGUGAGCCGCUCAUGAAUUCUUUGGAGCAGCAGGUGGGAGCACCUGAAGCCGAUCCUGAGACUUUGGCACGGCUGGUCGCGAAGCUCUCCACGGACACCAUGCCUGCCAGAGGCACGCUGGACUUAAAGCUCUUGGAUCGCUUGGGGGCACUCGCGCAGAACGGCAAAGUGCCGCUGCAUGGCCGGCUAUUUGCACAGUGGAUGCACCAUGCCUUUCCACGAGAGUGCCCCUACCCACAUGAGGCUGGCACAACCAAUCCGCAGACGCCAGACGAGUGGAUGAAGUCCAAUGGCCGGAGUACCAAGGUGUCACAAGAGCAGAUCGAGCAGAUUGCCAGGGACACCUGCCCGGCCGUGCUUCAAGAGGGCGCCCCCAUCCAUUGCAAGACAGAAGAUGCAGAUCUCCCGUGGAGCAGCAGUGAGGAUCGCGCCCCAAUGCUGAGCCUUGCUGGUGCUCAAGCCAGUGAUCAAGACAUGGCGCAGGAGAACUGGGAGCCACCUCGCAUGCUGUGGCUGGCGGUCCUUCCCUCCCUGGUGCUCUUUAUGUUCUUGUUUGACAGGCUGCUUCGUCGUCGGAGUUAUGCAUCCUUGAUCCCGGCCUUUGUUCUGAUCAUUGUGACUCUGGCGUGCACCUGUGUCGGCAUCAUUGACGUGCGUGCCGCCAUGGGUGCUGGCAUUGCCUUCUUUCUUUGGAGGUUUUUCGUGGUGCCCUUCACUUCCUUCAGCAUCAAAGACAAGCUGGCAGAGUCAGCAGUCUGAUUGAUCUGCGAGCGCUAAAAAGCU